CAGAACUUUGGAAGGCCGAGGUGGGUGGAUCACCUGCGGUCAGGAGUUUGAGAUCAGCCUGUCUCUACUAACAAUAUAAAAUUUAGCCAGGAGUCGCAGUGGGCACCUGGAAUCCCAACUACUCGGGAGGCUGAGGCAGAAGAACUGCUUGAACCCAAGAGACCGAGGCUGCAGUCAGCUGAGAUUGCACCACUGGACUCCAGCCUCGGCGACAGAGCAAGACGGUAUCAAAAACAACAACAAAAAGCAGGAGGUGAGACUUCUACCUGCUCACUCAGAAUCAUUUCUGCACCAACCAUGGCCACCUUUGUGGAGCUCAGUACCAAAGCCAAGAUGCCUAUUGUGGGCCUGGGCACUUGGAAGUCUCCUCUCGGCAAAGUGAAAGAAGCGGUGAAGGUGGCCAUUGAUGCAGGAUAUCGCCACAUUGACUGUGCCUAUGUCUAUCAGAAUGAACAUGAGGUGGGGGAAGCCAUCCAAGAGAAGAUCCAAGAGCAGGCUGUGAAGCGGGAGGACCUGUUCAUCGUCAGCAAGUUGUGGCCCACUUUCUUUGAGAGACCCCUUGUGAGGAAAGCCUUUGAGAAGACCCUCAAGGACCUGAAGCUGAGCUAUCUGGACGUCUAUCUUAUUCACUGGCCACAGGGAUUCAAGUCUGGGGAUGACCUUUUACCCAAAGAUGAUAAAGGUAAUAUCAUCGGUGGAAAAGCAACGUUCUUGGAUGCCUGGGAGGCCAUGGAGGAGCUGGUGGAUGAGGGGCUGGUGAAAGCCCUUGGCAUCUCCAAUUUCAACCACUUCCAGAUUGAGAAGCUCUUGAACAAACCUGGACUGAAAUAUAAACCAGUGACUAACCAGGUUGAGUGUCAUCCAUACCUCACGCAGGAGAAACUGAUCCAGUACUGCCACUCCAAGGGCAUCACCGUUACGGCCUACAGCCCCCUGGGCUCUCCGGAUAGACCUUGGGCCAAGCCAGACGAUCCUUCCCUGCUAGAGGAUCCCAAGAUUAAGGAGAUAGCUGCAAACCACAAAAAAACUGUAGCCCAGGUUCUGAUCCGUUUCCAUAUCCAGAGGAAUGUGAUUGUGAUCCCCAAGUCUGUGACACCAGCACGCAUUGUUGAGAACAUUCAGGUCUUUGACUUUAAAUUGAGUGACGAGGAGAUGGCAACCAUCCUCAGCUUCAACAGAAACUGGAGGGCCUGCAACAUGUUGCAAUCCUCUCAUUUGGAGGAGUAUCCCUUCAAUGCAGAAUAUUGAGGUUGAGUCUCCUGAUGACAUUACACAGGGGAUUCUCUUUCUUCGCUGAAGUGUGACUAUCUCCAUCAAGUCCUAUUUUAGCCAAGCUUAUCUGAAAUCACAGUGAACUUCAUCCUGUUGUAGACCAGAAUCGAGGUGCUGUUUUAGACAUGUAUUUCUGUAUAUUCAACUAGGAUCAGAAUAUCACAGAAAAACAUGGCUUGAAUAAGCAAAUGACAAUUUUUUCCACUUAUCUGAUCUGAACAAAUGUUUGUUAAGCACAAGAACUCUGCUAACACUGAGGAUGUAAAGAUCAAUAAUCAAAAAAUAAUGAUCGUAACUAACGUGGAUUGAGAGAGGACUAUGCGCCCACACAAUGUGAAGUGUUUUCCUGUGGGUGAAGUCACUGAAUCCUCAAAAUAACCCACUGAGGUAGGUACUAUUAACAUCUUACGAGGGAGAGAGGAGGAACUUGUUCAAGGCCCCCCAGGUAAUAAGUGACUGAACCAAGUUUCAAAGGCAGGCAGGCUCUGGGAGAGCUCACAGCGAUCAAUGGUCAUCCUCUUCCUCCUGAGUCUUUUCCUGCCACCUUUCCUCCUUGCCUGUCUCCACUCAUUCCCUGUCUUGCUCUCCCACCUUGUCUUCAAUACACCAUCAUGCCAAAGAGUCAAUGGCACAGCAUGAAAACUCCACAAACAUGCUACUGUUCACUGACAGAGAUGUGACAUUUCCUUGGGAAGUAGCGUGGAAAUACAAUAAAGAUGCUUACUAUUGACAUUAA